AUGCUCGAGGUGGUCGAGGAGGGCACCGACGCUCAGUCGCAAGAAGACGCGGCUGACCUCGCUGCAGCUCGCACCCAAGUUAUCCACGAAGUCCCUAGCCCUGACCUCGAUGCAAGUCAGUCAAGUCUACUGUCUGCCGGUGCGGACCGAUCAGUCGCCGAGGAGCAACGUGCUACUAGCCCUGCUGUUCUGCCGGAUCCUCCCGAGAGCCUGAGUGGCAGCGAAUAUCUACGUUUGUUGCAAGAUCGGCUGCAACUGGCCCUCGACCGUAAUGAGGCACUCGAGAAGGAGGUGGAUCAUCUCCAAGCCGCCCGACAGAAACAGGCCGUUGAAUUGCAAAGUCUGCUCUUGGCCACGAUGCAGCGGCAAGCCGUGCAACACCGCGCCCCAGCCGCAGCAACACCCAACUCAUCUUCGACGGACCUUGAGAACCCUGAACGCCCCGACCAAGCUCUCGAAGACACGGUAACGCUGCCGCUCAGCAGCUUGAGCAGCGCGCUCACAGCCGCUUCGGGCCUCGAGCGUUGGGUUUCGGCGCUCUCCACGGCUGCCGAAGCCCUGCCCAUCUGCGUCCUUGACAAUGUGGCCCAGGAAGGCGAGCUCCAUCGAUGUGCCAUGCAGCAGGCCGAGUACAUCCGAACUCUUGACUCACGCUAUCCCGAAGACAUGUCCAAAAUGACUUCACAAGAGCAUAAUCAAAUGACGGGGUAUCGCGCGGAGCUCGCGGAAGCCGCUCAAGCCAAGGAUGAUGCACACGGACGCCUUCAACAGCAUUUGAAUAACAUUGAAAAAGCAGCCGCUCAGCUACAAGAGCUGAGCACCGCCAUUCACAGCGGUCUUCUUGCUCAAGUCAACGCCGCAGCUAGCACCGAUUCAGUGCCUGAAUCCCAGUAG